AUGCCGAACGCACCUCUGCAGAAGCCUUCCGAGCCGAUCCUGUACGUCUUCGACGACGUCCCGGGCCUGCAGGGCUCGCUCGCCGAGUUCAUCAAGACCGCGCAGGACAAGGCGGUUACGGACCACGGAUUCUUCACUGUUGCGCUGUCUGGCGGUUCGCUUCCCAACAACCUGAAGCCCCUGAUCAACGAGCAGGGCAUGCAGUGGGACAAGUGGCAGGUGUUCUUCGCCGACGAGCGCAUCGUGCCCCUCGACCACCCCGAGAGCAACUAUGCGGCGUGCUGCAAGGCCUUCCUCGACCACGUGCCGAUCAAGCGCGAACAGAUCCACACCAUCAACACUGAUCUGCUGACCGAGGCGUCGCGUACCGACCCCGAGGGCCAGCACGCCGACAAGGAGGCGGACGAGCGCGAGGCGCAGGACAUUGCGGACGACUACGAGAAACAGCUCAUCAGCGUGUUCGCCGUCCCCAACGCGGUCCGCUACCCGACCUUUGACCUCAUCCUGCUCGGCAUGGGCCCCGACGGCCACACCUGCUCACUCUUCCCCGGCUCGCCCCUCCUCGCCGAGAACGACAUGUGGGUCGCCAGCAUUAUCGACAGCCCCAAGCCUCCUCCCCGCCGCAUCACGUUCACCUUCCCGGACCUGAACCACGCGCAGCGCUGUGCGUUCGUGGCGACCGGCGCCGGAAAGCAGGACACGCUCCACGACGUCCUCGACGAGCCCGAGAAGGGUCUCCCGUGCUCUCGUGUCCGCCCUGUUACGUAA